AUGGCGGUGGCCUCCGCCUGGCCCUGGAGGAGAGCAUGGAUGAGACCGAGGGGCAGCGGCGGGCAUGACACCGACGACGGAGGCGGUUCGCUGCCGCCUACCGGUGGCGACAGCACCACUUCAGGUACCACCUACACCGCCAGUACCACCACCACCACCACCGAUUCAGGCGGAGAACCGCGGCCUCGUGAUCUCCAUCCGUUCACGGCGCCGGUCGUGGGAGAAAACACGGAGGAGCUGUAUGUAGCCAAGGAGCUCGCGGAAGACGUGGCCAAGAAGCUCGAGCAUAUCAAGGGGCUGGUCGUGGAAUUCAGUGGCGAUGAUAGCACCGCCGUGCAGACGUGGCUGUCGGAGCUGGACGUCGGCUGGGUUCUCCACCUCGCCGGAACACAUGAAUCUUCAUGGAGCGUCGUUACCUCGCACGGCUUCCAAUUUCUUGUAGAGACAUGGAUCCUAGCGCUACGCAAGAUCGGUGAAUCCAUCCUGACAAGCCUUGAUGGAUGGUACAGCCAGAGCCAGAGCCAGAGGCAGGACCAGGAUGAAGGAGCGAGAAAGCAGCCAUCUCCUUCUGAAUUUGCAGAACUUGUCCAAGCAACUGUGCUCAAGAUGCUGCCUUUCGUUGACAUUGCUGCUGCCGCAAAAACUACUGAUAGGCCGGGGGCACUGGCACCAGCUGAGAAGCUCCAGGCACUAAUAGACAUGCAUGACGCUCUUUCCAUGGCCUCCCAACAUAUCCUGCCAUUACAUGUAGAAUCUACUGACGGUGCGAUGGAAGAUUUCUUGUCGGCAGACCUGACCAAGUUAGAUGAGGCCAUAUGGGCUACAAUUGUUGAGAUCAUGAAUAUUGUCAUGGCCUGGGCCUGGAAAUGGUCGAACGACCGCGUUUCGAGUGACAUUCACAAGGUCAUGAAGUCCAUAGUAAGCUACACCAAGGUGUUGUGGGCAAAUUACGGUUCGGUGAAUCGCAUUCUAGAUGAUGCAGUUCUCCGUGGUGAGUUUGUGCCUGAGAAUGAAAACGUGAGCCAUGUCUCCAACCUCAUCGUGGAGAUGGUCUCUUCCACAACAACAAACACGUCAUUCUGGACAUCGUCGUCGUUCCUAGAUGAGAGACUCAGGUUCCUAUUCUUGAUCAACAAUUUCUACUACUUGUUGCAGGAGUUACGCACAAUUAGGUGUUUGGGUUUCAUUAUGGAACCCCUUAUCUACAAAGUCGAUGACUACAUUGAUAGUUAUCUCCAUGAGUCUUGGGCACCGGUGUUAAAAUGCUUGCAGGAUCCUUUUUUGCCAUGCUGCUUGACUAGAUACCCGUCUCCUCUACCAAAGUUUGAGUCAAAAUUUCAGAAGACCUUUGCCACUCAAAAGCUCUGGAAGGUCCCAGACCCUGAGAUGCGGAGAAGGCUGCGGAAAGCCGUCGCCGAUAAAGUCAUCCCAGCGUUCACACAAUUCUUGGAGGAUAACCACACUGCCACACCCCCAGGAUUUACUCCCAGAAAACUAGAGAAGAUGCUGGGAGAGUUAUUCCAAGGAUGA